AAAUACAUAAAAGACGCUGGACUCGGCGAGAGGAUUUAAUACUGCUAUAAUAGACUGAUGCAUAAGGUGGCAGCAAUGCAACAAUAAGGAUGCUGGCUGCCGUUAAACGCCGAAGAAGAAGAAGAAGAAGAAGAAGAAGUUUCAGAACAGACGUCACUUCCUUUCUCUUCUGCUUAAGAGGUGAUCUCCUUCAGGGAUUUGCAUCAAUGUUACGGGUGAUUGCAACGUUCUUCUGCCUCCAGUGCCAGCAUCUCCCAGCCCUUCCUCUAAACCUUAGGUAUUGUUCGACCCUGAACUCAGCCGAGAACCAGCAGACUGUGGAGGCUCUCUGCGGUCUCUCUGUGGAUGUCCAGAAAGUCCGAAAACUUAAGGGCUGGGUCCUGUGUCGGAACCCAGCCUUCGUCAAAGAUGUUGCUAAACUGCUAAAGGACAUGGGUGCCUCUGGCGCCAUCAUCACCCAGGUACUAGCUGCUUACCCUGAGGCAAUCCUCUGCAGUCCGGAGCAGAUGCAAGCUCAGAAGGAGCUGUGGACAACAGUCUGUCCAAACCAGACAGAACUGGUUUCAAUCAUUGAAAAAUUUCCAGCUUCUUUCUUCUCCACUUUUGCUCAUGGUGCCAACCAGCGGAACAAUAUUGCUUAUUUUCAAAGUCUAAACCUCAACAAGCGAAUCAUUGCCAAACUCAUGGCCAGUGCUCCUCUGAGUUUCAGUCGGCCGGUAGAGCAGAACGAGGAGAUGGUCCGCACCCUCCAGGAGGCCUAUCAGGAGCUUGGUGGAGAUGAAGUCAACAUGAAGAUCUGGCUUCUCAAACUGCUGACCCAGAACCCAUUUGUUCUCCUCAAGGCCCCAGACAUACUGAGGGACAACCUGCUGUUCUUAAAAGACAUGGGUUUCAGCCCUGUGCAACUCCUGCACCUCCUCUCCAAGCUCAGAGGUUUUGUGACUGAGCUGAACCCAGACAGCAUGCGUCGCACCCUGGCUUACUCACGGGCCACCAUUGGCUGCUCUGAGACAGAGCUGCGGAACAUCAUCCUCGAAUGUCCGGCUCUGCUUUCCUACUCAGAUGUCAUUCUGGAUGAGCGUUUUAAGGGGCUCCUGGGUGCUGGCAUCAGCAUGUCUCAAAUCAUAGAGACUCCAACUGUUUUGGAGUUGACCACACAGAUAGUAGAUUAUCGAAUCCAGAAACUUAAAGCUCAUGGUUAUGAUGUCAGAAAAGGUAGUCUGGAGGUAUUAAAUGGGACUAAGAAGGACUUUGAGAUGAGCUAUGGAAAGCUACAGCUGCGUAGAGUGAGACCACUCUUUAACCCUGUUGCCCCUUUAAAAGCAGAUGACUGACGUGUUGUAGAUUAAUGCAAAGAAAUUAAACUACCUAAAUUCAUAAACUUUGUUUUUAUUUUUUAAUUCUACUGUCUGAGAUUCAGAUAGAACUUGUCAAGCGGUUUACUAAUGGGAAUGGAGGACAGUAAUUUAGGGAUUACAGUUAGGUUUUGUGGCGAGCUAACCCCUU